UACCGCAGCCGAAAAUUGCACCAGACGCUAAUGGAAUGGCGUCCCGAUUCAGCGGCGUUUUGCAAAUCGCCGACUUAAAUGAUUUUAUUACGCCUUCACAAGAAUGUAUCAAACCCGUCAAGACAGAGAAAAAACAGAACAAAACAGCCGCAAUCAAGAUAGGCGAAGAUGGCACUUACACGCAAGUGGACGAGUUUGGGGAAGAAGCGAAGUUGGAGAAAGCAGAAAUAACGUUAAGCGACUGCUUAGCGUGUAGUGGGUGCAUCACUACGGCAGAGACGGUUCUCAUCACUCAACAGAGCACCGCAGAACUGCGAAAUGUGCUCAAGGCCAACAAAGACUUGGCACCAGAUGAGCGUAAAACAAUUGUGGUGAGCGUCGCACCGCAAGCAUGGGCAUCCUUUGCUGCAAAGUAUGAAAUUUCUUACCAGGAGGCGUCAGAAAGAUUGACGGGCUACCUGAUGUCAUUGGGUGUUGACUAUGUGCUUGACACAACCUUCUCGAGAGAGUUUACGUUGUUAGAAGUCCUGAAAGAGUUUCUAGAGCGGCACCGAGAGCAGAAGGGAUUGCCGUUGCUCACAUCAGUGUGUCCAGGUUUUGUGUGCUAUGCUGAGAAGACUCACGGGGACUUCCUGCUACCCUACUUGAACCGCGUUAAGUCACCGCAGCAGGUCAUGGGGACGCUCGUCAAAGGGUAUCUUACGACCAAACAAGGAAGGGCUCCCGAUCAGAUGUAUCAUGUGACCGUGAUGCCAUGCUACGACAAGAAGUUGGAAGCAUCGCGGGAAGACUUCUACGACGAAGUGCAUGGCACACGAGAUGUGGACUGCGUCAUUACACCAGUGGAAGUGGAGACCAUGCUACGGGAAGACAACUUGCACUUGAAUAGCGUAGCACCACACCCGUUGGAUUUUCCGUUUAGCUGGACUGAAGACAGACGGGACGAAGGAUCUGGAGGAUAUUGUGAAUACGUGUUUGUGGAGGCAGCCAAGCAGCUCUUUGGAGUCACAUUGACAAAGCCGCUGCAGUACAAAACCCUCAGAAACCAAGACCUGAAGGAAGUGGUCCUGGAGAAGGAGGGGAAAGUGGUGCUUCGUUUCGCGGUGGCCAAUGGCUUCCGCAACAUCCAGAACAUUGUGCAGAAACUCAAGAGAAACAAGUGUCCUUAUGACUUUGUCGAGAUCAUGGCCUGUCCUGCAGGUUGCAUCAAUGGUGGAGCUCAGCUGAGGCCUGACGACGGUGAUGCGAAGGCACUCAUGCACCGUGCCCAAGAUGCGUACCAGUCCUCACGGCAUCCUGGCUCUGAUGAAGGCCUGUCCCCUCUUCAACUGUACAGGGAAUGGCUCGGUGUAGAGGAACCCUCUCGGGGCAAAACGCACCUCCAUCUACAGACGUCCUUUCGCGCAGUAGAGAAAAUGGCCAACGCUCUCACGAUACGGUGGUGAAGAAAAUAUUUAACACUACCUGUCUACAGUGUCUACAUCACAGUGGCCUCUAGGGCUACGUAAUGCCCUUGUCAACUCGGCAUGUAAGCUGUGAUGUGCUUCCGUGACUUAGUAGGGUGACUAAAAAUUCAAUAGAGCUGUUCCGUACCAUCACGAUAAACGAUGCAUCGGCCUCUCCCACAUCUCUUUGCAACGUACAGAGCUUCAUCAGCUUUCCUCUUGAGCUCUUGGAUACAGUUUGCCUGCCUUGGAAAGGUGGCCAGCCCCAUAGAGACUGUGCAGUCCCGUAAAGAUCGCAGCUUCUUCUCUAGCAGGCGCUUAGCUUUUUCGCCACUCCAGCCGAUAAAAAGGAGACAGAAUUCGUCUCCGCCACACCUUCCCACAAAGAUUUUACGCCGACGUGAGUUCCCCGCAAUUUCUCGCACAAAAAAGUUGGCAACACCGAUGAGUAUUUCGUCGCCUCUAGCAUGGCCAUGGGUGUCGUUUAUCUGCUUGAAGCUGUCCAGGUCUGCAAAAGCGAGUGUGCUGGCAUGAGGAAGCAGCAACGCGUUUUGCAACUUAUGGUCGAAUCCGCGCCUGUUCAAGAGUUGCGUCAAGGGGUCUCGAACAACGAGCUGUCUGAGGAACAUCAUUUGUUGUAGGUGCGACAGGGCUCGUACAAAGUCGGCUGUCAGGGAGUAAAUCAACGUAAACUCCUUGCUGCACUGCUCAGGCGUAACAAGGGCUAGGAUAAUGGACGGCGGUGCGUGGAUAUAUGUGACGGGCCCAUUCCUGAUGCGGAUACAUCCUGGCUGCUGUGAUCGUAGGGCCAUCACCAUUUCGUCCACUUCCACUCUGGGUGGGCAAGAACCUUGAUGCCUGAUGACCUGCAGUUUAAAGUUCUUUCAGAAUGAAAGUUCAGUGCAAUACUGUGUGCAUAGUGCAUCAAAUUUUCACGUAAAUCCUUUACAAGCGUCUACAUCGUGGUAAG